GCUCGCCCUGGCCGCGCUCUGCCUGCUCCGCGCGCCCGCGGCCGGGGCGGCGGCCUGCGAGCCCGUGCGCAUCCCCCUGUGCAAGUCCCUGCCCUGGAACAUGACCAAGAUGCCCAACCACCUGCACCACAGCACGCAGGCCAACGCCAUCCUGGCCAUCGAGCAGUUCGAGGGGCUGCUGGGCACCCACUGCAGCCCCGACCUGCUCUUCUUCCUCUGCGCCAUGUACGCCCCCAUCUGCACCAUUGACUUCCAGCACGAGCCCAUCAAGCCCUGCAAGUCGGUGUGCGAGCGGGCGCGGCAGGGCUGCGAGCCCAUCCUCAUCAAGUACCGCCACGCGUGGCCCGAGAGCCUGGCCUGCGAGGAGCUGCCGGUGUACGACAGGGGCGUGUGCAUCUCCCCCGAGGCCAUCGUCACGGCGGACGGAGCCGAUUUUCCGAUGGAUUCCAGUAACGGAAACUGCAGAGGGGCCGGCAGUGAACGCUGCAAAUGUAAGCCUGUCAGAGCUACACAGAAGAUCUAUUUCCGGAACAAUUACAACUACGUCAUUCGGGCUAAAGUGAAAGAGCUGAAGACUAAGUGCCACGAUGUGACUGCAGUCGUGGAGGUGAAGGAGAUUCUAAAAGCGUCUCUGGUGAACAUCCCGAGGGACACCGUCAACCUCUACACCAGCUCUGGCUGCUUGUGUCCGCCACUUAACGUCAAUGAGGAAUAUAUCAUCAUGGGCUACGAAGAUGAGGAACGCUCCAGAUUACUCUUAGUGGAAGGCUCCAUAGCAGAGAAAUGGAAAGAUCGACUUGGUAAAAAAGUUAAGCGCUGGGAUAUGAAGCUCCGUCAUCUCGGACUGAAUAAAAGUGAUUCUAGCGUCAGUGAGCCCACUCAGAGUCAGAAGUCUGGCAGAAGCUCUAACCCCCGGCAAGCACACAGCUAAACCCUGAAAUGCAAGUGCUAUCGAUGGAUUUCCUACUAAGACUUGCAUUGCUGGACUAGCAACAGAAAAUUGCACUAUUGCACGUCAUAUUCUAUUGUUUACUACAGAAAUCAAGUGGUAACUGACGUAACUUUUUUCUGUUUUUCUCCACUCUCUCCCCCACCUUUUAAAUGGUCUAGGUUUAGAUCCCUGAAUAUAUUAUGUUUUCUGUUUCACUAAUCAUGGAAAAACUGUUCUUUGCAAUAAUAAUAAAUUAAACAUAUUGAUACUGGGGCCUCUGUGUUGGAGUCCCUCGAUGUUAAUUUCAUCUUUUGCACUCGGAUUGGGAAUGUAGUGUUGGAUGUAAAGAGACAUUUCUGGUAUAUGCAGAAAGCCUGGUACGCUGUAAGACGUACUCUGCUGACCUAAUUACAGCCUUAUUUUUGUAUGCCUUUUGGAUAUUUUCCUCAUGCUUAGACAGUUCUAAAUGUUUACAAAGGUAAAAUGGCAGUUUGAAGUCAAAUGCCACACAGGCAAAGCAAUCAAGCACCAGGAAGCAUUUAUGAGGAAAUGACACACAAGAUAAAUUGUUUUCAAGAUUGGCAGGAAGCAAAAUAAAUAGUGUUCGUAGCCAAGAAAGGAACAUUUUGCGUGAUUGAAAAGCACAAGGGAAACCAGGAGGCCUUGGGGUGUUAACAGUAGCGUUUUUCUUUUGGCAAUAUUUUUGAUGUGUUUAUGAAUAUAUUAAUCAGCAUUAGGGAGGUGAAUUAUAAUUAGACAUCUGCUGUUGUCAUCAUAGUUCCAUUUAAUUUGCUUCCUUCUAAAUAAACCCAUUGGUGAAAGUCUUUC